CUAGAAUAUCUCUCUGGUCAAAGAACUCUGUUUGCACGCACAAAUCCACCAAAAAGUGCUCCACGAUCCAAGGUUUCGGGCCUCCUCGGUGGGGGCAAAUUUCAAGCCCUUCUUUUUUUGGUUGAAACUUUUCAGCCCUCCCAGCGUCCCAUUAUUCAAGUCAACCCAAGGAACAAUGAGCACUGGCGUGACUGCAACAGAAGCCGAUCUAACGAAUCAUCCCAGCGCGUUCAGAACCCCGGCGGAGACGCGGGCAACGCCUAUGACGAUAAGCCCAUGGGACGCGAAUGGGACUGGACGAGUCACAGCGCGAGAAUGGGGGAAGAAAAAAAAGUUGCUCACGACAUUGGCGCAUGUGCAUCAGUCAGGUCCUUGCAGAUUUCGUGCAAUUAUUAAUAUGUAUUGUCUUGCCCACAAUCAGGCUUUCUUUCUCGACCUCUUCUCUCCUUGCCUCGUGAAUCUCGAUAGUAUUCCUGGGUAUCCUAAGAAGACAUAAUAAUGUCUAACCUUGGGAAAGAAGGCGGAAUGGGCGGUGAAGCCAUGGAUGGAGAGAAACAUAGAGGGGAUCUCACAGUAUCCCGGUUCUUGGGUCGC